GUGUCGGGGAGGAGCCGGGCGCCGAGGUGCGCGGAGUGGAGCUCAGGGCUGCGGAGGGAAGCGGAGCUGAGCGGCUGGGCGGGCCUGGCCGGGCCAGCGGAGCUGAGACUUCGGUCAGCCGGCGGCGAACAUGCGCUGUUGACACAUUGGAGGCUUUCUUGAUCAUGGAUGGUGAAGAUAUACCAGAUUUUUCAAGUUUAAAGGAGGAAACUGCUUAUUGGAAGGAACUUUCCUUGAAGUAUAAGCAAAGCUUCCAGGAAGCUCGGGAUGAGCUAGUUGAAUUCCAGGAAGGAAGCAGAGAAUUAGAAGCAGAGUUGGAGGCACAAUUAGUACAGGCUGAACAAAGAAAUAGAGACUUGCAAGCUGAUAACCAAAGACUGAAAUAUGAAGUGGAGGCGCUAAAGGAGAAACUGGAACAUCAGUACGCACAGAGCUACAAGCAGGUUUCUGUAUUAGAAGAUGAUUUAAGUCAGACUCGGGCCAUUAAGGAGCAGUUGCACAAGUAUGUGAGGGAGCUGGAGCAGGCCAAUGAUGACCUGGAGCGAGCAAAAAGGGCAACAAUAGUUUCACUGGAAGACUUUGAACAAAGGCUAAAUCAGGCCAUAGAACGGAAUGCAUUUUUAGAAAGUGAACUUGAUGAAAAGGAAUCUUUGUUGGUCUCUGUACAGCGGUUAAAGGAUGAAGCAAGAGAUUUGAGGCAAGAACUAGCAGUCCGAGAAAGACAACAGGAAGUGACCAGAAAGUCGGCUCCUAGUUCUCCAACUCUAGACUGUGAAAAGAUGGAUUCUGCUGUACAAGCAUCACUUUCCUUGCCAGCUACACCUGUUGGCAAAGGGACAGAAAACAGUUUUCCUUCCCCAAAAGCUAUACCAAAUGGUUUUGGUACCAGUCCACUAACUCCUUCAGCCAGGAUAUCAGCGCUAAACAUUGUAGGGGAUCUCUUACGGAAAGUAGGGGCUUUAGAAUCCAAAUUAGCAGCUUGCAGGAAUUUUGCAAAGGACCAAGCAUCACGGAAAUCCUAUAUUUCAGGGAAUGUUAACUGUGGGGUGAUGAACAGCAACGGCACCAAGUUCUCUCGAUCAGGGCAUACAUCUUUCUUCGACAAAGGGGCAGUAAACGGCUUUGACCCAGCUCCUCCUCCUCCUGGCCUGGGCUCCUCGCGCCCGUCGUCAGCACCCGGUAUGCUGCCGCUCAGUGUGUGAGUGCCCGGCCUCCGGGGGGCUCCUGCCCUCCUCCAACAACCCAGGACACCCACGCCUCACCCCUCGGUGCCUGGGCCAGCCCUGUGCCCUCCAUCUGCCUCCCCACACGGCUGGCAGAGGGCAGGCUGCAUGCAGUGGCGGCUGCUGGGCCCUGCCCAGCCCCAGGACUCUGCGCGAUAUCAAUACUGGCUAUUUUCUCUUCUCGCCGUAGUGCCGUUGGUUUCACAUGAUUGCACUUUGUGGGUCACGAGGUGAUACAUACUUGUAUUACUUGGUCACUGGAUGCAGAAGUACCCAUUUGUCAUCCCUGCCUCAUAGCCCCCGCCCUGCUGUACUGAUAGGAUUUAGUUGUGUUUAGGACAUUGCGAAUCUUCUACAAGUUCUCCCCCAAUCAGGUUGACACAUGCCCUCCUCCUGAGCCCCCCGGGCGCCCUCAGUGCUCACGAUCAUGUGUUUCCCGGCCCUACCCCCCGUCUGGGCCCGUUCUGCCAGGAGUCAGGAAGGUCGCUGAAUUAGGGAAGAUUGUCUGUUCCUCCUCGUUUUACGUAGCAGUUACCAUUCCAUAGACUGCCUCCCAGAGCAGCGAAACGCCCUGCUGAGCCCCCUGGCAGGAGCCUCUGGGGCCUGGGCAAGCACGGGCAGAGCCUCGGCCAUCUCCUCCAUGUGCCUCAGACUCGGGGGAGGGGCGACGGCGUCCGUGCCAGCUCUGGUCCUCGGGUAGUGUCGUGACAUCUUCAGUUUCUGUUCUCGCUGGAUGGCCCGUCAGUGGUGUUGGAAGGUGGAGUGGCCAGAUUCGGGGCAGACUGAGCCCCAGUGGUUGUCCUGUGCAUCCUUUGAUUACUCUCAUGCUGCAUUUACUGUUUACAUUUGUUUUGUUGUACAUAGGUUUGUAAACAUUAUUGCCUAAGAUAUUUGUAUAUAACUUGGGCUUUGUAGCUUUUAUUUAUUCAGAACUCAUAUGGCAUGUUAAUGACUCCCGAUGGUGUCCUACUCUGGGCAGCUGUAUAGGAUCAUCAUGUGGUUAAAAAAAACCAGUUCCCUCAAAAAAAAUCUUUUAAUGUGGAAACAAUAAAUUUCACAGAAAAAAAGGA